AUGUUCAGAUUAUUCAAGAAGUUGCUGAAUCGUAAAACGUUGUAUGAUAUUCAGACUCGGAGUCAGGCGAAUCAAGUAAACAUUUUUAUAAAUGGUAAGGCUGUUUCAGUGCCAAGUUACUUCACAGUACUACAAGCUUUGCGCCGAGAGCAUAUAACCGUACCUACAUUUUGCUACCACGAUAGAUUGUCAAUAGCUGGUAACUGUAGAAUGUGUCUUGUACAAAUUGAAGGUAUGUGGAAGCCACAAAUUGCUUGUGCCAUACCCGUGUCCAAGAAUAUGAAAAUACAAACAAAUUCUGAAAUGACUUUGAAAGCACAGGAAGGGGUAUUGGAAUUUAUUUUAGCUGAACAUCCACUAGAUUGUCCAAUUUGUGAUCAGGGCGGUGAAUGUGACUUACAAGAUCUUUCGAUGAAAUUUGGUAACGAUCGAACAAGAUUCACAGACAUACACUUCCAAGGCAAAAGAGCCACGGAAAACAAAAACCUAGGCCCUUUGAUUCGAACUGAGAUGACAAGGUGUAUCCAUUGUACACGUUGUAUCAGAUUUGCUUCUCAAGUCUGUGGAUUAGACGUUCUUGGAACGACAGGACGUGGUGUUGACAUGUUAGUAGGGACAUAUGUCGAUAAAAUGUUUCUAUCUGAAUUAUCUGGAAAUAUAAUUGACUUAUGCCCUGUUGGAGCGUUAACGUCUAAGCCAUAUAUGUUUAAAGCAAGACCGUGGGAACUUAGAAAAACUGAUUCUAUUGACGUAACUGAUGCGACAGGUACCAACAUAGUUAUUAAUCAUAGGUUUGAUAGAGUAUUACGAGUUUUGCCGCGUGAAAAUGAUGACAUCAAUCAGGAGUGGCUAUCUGACAAAGGUCGCUGGGCGAUAGAUUCUCUUGAGUUUCAAAGACUUGUGACUCCAAUGCAUAGGAAUGAAAGUGGCUUGUGUCCAAUCGAUUGGGAUUGUGCUUUGAAAAUAGCUGGUAAACUAAUAAGAUCUACGUGUCCCACUAAGUUAAUGGCGAUAGCAGGUCCGCAUUGUUCUGUAGAAACAUUGGUGGCUGCGAAGGACUUACUUAACAUGCUUGGUUCUGAUAACACAUACAUUGAACGUGGUUUUUCUUAUUCUGAAUCAAAUAUCGAUAUAAGAGCUGCGUAUUCUCUUAACGUCAAAAUGAAAGAUGUAGCAACGGCUGAUAAAAUAUUACUUAUAGGAACUAAUCCUCGUUUUGAAGCUCCUAUUUUAAAUUCUCGUAUUAGAGAGGCUUAUGUUUAUAAUGAAUGUGAUAUUUAUGCGAUUGGGCCCAAAUGCCAAUAUAAUUAUCAAGUCCAAUAUAUUGGUAUAUCUGUCAAUGAUAUAUCUAAAGCUAAAAAAUAUUUACAACGUGCAAUGAGGCCAUUAAUAUUUAUUGGUAUUGAUCAAUUACAGACUUCACAUAAUGUAGCUAUCAUGAAUGAGUUAAACGAAUUAAUGAAUACCUUAAAUGUAGACGAAAAUUGGGAAGUAAUAAAUAUUAUUACAAAGGAGGCUAGUUUCGCCGGGGCUUUAGAGGUUGGAUGGAAGCCAGGAGGAUUAGCUGCAUUGAAAUCAUUAUCUCCAAAAGUUGUGAUAUCCUUAGGUGCAGACCACGUGUUCUGUAGAUGUGAUAUUCCGACUGAUUGCUCCAUUAUUUACAUAGGUUUUCAAGGAGAUCGUGGAGCAGAAUGCGCGUCAAUUGUUUUACCUGGAAGUGCUUAUACAGAAGCGGGCGGUAUAUUUAUGAACAUGGAAUGUAGAUCUCAGUUUGCGUUCCCUGCAGUGACUCCACCUGGUAAUUCACGUUAUGAUUGGAAAAUAAUACGAGCACUGGCAGAAUAUUGUCAUAUAUGUUUAUUUUACAGCGACAGAGAAUCACUUUGUAUCAGAUUAGCCCAGGUAAGCCCAAGUUUAGUUAAUUUUGGAACAUACCAAAGUAAAUUAUUUGCUGAUUUGAUUCCUCAACUUAUGAAAAGAGAUGCGAAAAAAGAUACUACUGUUGGUAGUUGUUCUUUGCACGUAGAGAUGCAAACUUUAAAGGAUUAUUACUGCUCGGAUAUUUUUACUUGUAACUCACCAACCAUGGUCAAAGCCACGAAGGCUGCUACCGAUAUAGAAAAAUCUCAUUACGCUUCUGUUUAG